CUUCGCGCUGGCUGCGGGCCGGAGUAUGGCUGCCGCUGCAGCCACCAGGCUCCCGCGGCCGGGGCAGACCCCCGGGAGCCGAGUGGAAAACAACCCGGCUCCACACAGGAACAAAGGCUGGAGCCCCGCCGCCCUUCGCGGCGCACGCACGCACGCAGCGUGGGCAGAGCCGCGUCUGCCCGCCCCCUCCGAGGAGCAGCGCGCCCAGGUCCCCGCGCCGCCCUGGCGGCCGGGCUCCGAGCAUGAGCGCCGGCACCUGGCGUGUGAGGCCACCUGAUCCCUGUGACCCAGCCGAGUCCCUUUACACGUGGGAAACUGAGGCUCAGAGAGAACCUGCUGCCAUGGCUGAACGUGGGGUUGAUGAGCCGUCCUCCAGGACUGGGAGUUCGGAUGGGGAAGAUCAGGUCUCUGAGGAUAGGUCGUUGCUCCAUCAGAGGCUGGCCAUCAGGGAGCUCAUGGACACCGAGGUCUCCUACGUGCACAUGCUCCGGCUCUGUGCCUUGGAUAUCAGGAGCCGUCUGCAGCAGCUGCCCCAGGGAGAUCUGGACAUCCUGUUCUCAAACAUCAACGAUAUCAUCAAGGUGAACAGCAAAUUGCUUGCAGAUCUGCAGGAGACAGCAUCCAGGGAAGAGGAACAAGUACACCUAAUUGGUAACUUAUUCCUGGAAUUCCAAGAGGAGUUGGAGCGAGUCUAUAAAGUCUACUGUGCCAGCUACGACCAGGCCCUGCUGCUGGUGGACACCUACCGGAAGGAGCCAGAGCUGCAGCAGGAGAUCCAGGGCAUCAUUGAGGCGGUGGUGCCGCAAGCUGGACCCUCAGGCCUCAGUUUCUUACUGGUGAUUCCUCUGCAAAGGAUUACCAAGUACCCAUUGCUGCUGCAGAAAAUCCUGGAGAACACACUCCCUGAUGCCAGGGCCUACCCUGUCCUGCAAGGGGCUGCCUCCGCCCUCCGGGACGUGAACACUAACAUCAAUGAGUACAAGAUGCGCAAGGAAGUGGCCUCCAAGUACACCACGGUGGAGCAGCUGACGCUCCGGGAGCGGCUGUCUCGCAUCAACACGCACACCCUCUCCAAAAAGACCACCCGGCUGAGCCAGCUGCUGAAGCAGGAGGCAGGGCUCGUGCCCAGGGUGAGCAUGGGCCAGAGGAAGGGCCACAUCCCAGUCAUCCCAAGGAGCAAGGAUGUGCAGCAGACAGAAAACAAGGAAUUUGAUGAUUUAGAAGAGAGGUUCCACUGCGUGUCACUGUGUGUGACCGAGAUGAAGAACAAUGUGGCUGUUUACCUGGAUAAUCUGGAGGCUUUCCUCCACUUCAGGCCCCAGGAGUGCGACCUGGACAUCCCCGAGGGGCCUGUGGUGCAGUCCUGCAGCCUGGCCAGAGACCUCCAGCUCCAGGCCUUCCCCCAGUUUAAGCAGCGGCUGGAAGGCCUAGUGUGGCAGCCACUGUGCAGCCUGGCCAAAGCCAUGACUGGACCUCAGAACCUGAUCAAGAAGCAUCUAGACAAACUACUGGACUUUGAGAGGGUGGAAGAGAAGCUGCUGGAGGUGGGCAGCGUGACCUACAAAGAGGAGGUGGUGCAACACACGUUCCAGGCACUCAACUCCCUGCUGGUAGCUGAGCUCCCGCAGUUCAACCAGCUGGCCAUGCAGUGGCUGGGCCACAUCCUGUGCACACUGGUGGCCCUCCAGAGGGAUCUUGCCGAGCAAGUGCUGCAGAGGGCAGAGGGCAGGUUGGCCCAGCUGCCCCACCACCAUGUCUCUGAGCCAGCCUUCAAGAAGCUGAUGGAGGACGCACUAGGCCAGGCGGGUCAACAGCUUCGCUCCUUUCAAGAAAACUUUGAGACAGUGCUGCCACCUCCCAACACACAACCACUCCUUCCAGGGUCUGAACGCCAGGUGCAGUCUCUCCUGAGCAGAUACGGCCCAGGAAAACUGUACCAGGUGACAAGCAGUACCAGCGGGGCUGGAACUCUGGACCUGACACUUCCACGGGGCCAAAUCGUGGUCCUGCUUCAAAACAAGGACACGAAAGGCAACAGCAGCCGCUGGCUGGUGGACACCGGAGGAUGUCGUGGUUACGUGCCAGCUAGGAAACUGGAGCUGUACCAAGUCUUCCUGAGUAAGGAGGAGCUCAGAGGGCAAGUGGAGCCUGGCAAGAACUCUCAAUGUCUAACACCAGAGCCCACUCCAGCCCCAGUCUCUGUCCUGACCGUGACCCAGGUGGUGGCAAUGUACCCCUUUGUGGCCAGAAGCAGCCAUGAAGUGAGUCUGCAGGCAGGUCAGCCAGUGACUGUCUUGGAAGCCCAGGACAAGAAGGGGAACCCAGAGUGGAGCCUGGUGGAAGUGAACGGGCAGAGGGGCUACGUGCCUUCCAGCUUCCUGGCUAGGGCCCCAGGCCCAGCUCAGUGGGGUUGGAGUCUGCCCUCCUAGGUGCCCUCCUUGAGCCCAUGUUGCCGAGGGAGGGGGGAGGCUUAGAGGCUGUGACCCUGCAAGGGAGAGGAAGCAAAGAGAAGGUGGGGGUGGAAAGGGAGAUCAGGCCAGGGUGGGGUGAAGGCCACCCAGAGGGCAGCUGGAAGAGGUGGGUGGGCUUUGCAGAGUGCCUGGCGCUGGUGGGCACAAAAGGCUCCAGCCAGGCCCACUCAUGUCUACAUAAAGAGGUCAUUCCUAUCUGAAGUCACAACACCCUGGAUGGCCGGUCUAGCUGAUUAGGCUUUGCCAUGGCUUCUGGCCAAUCUUACCUGUGCCCAGAUCCAGGCCUGGUCAUGGGAGUGGGUGGCCCAGGUGAAUGGUACCUGUGUGCUGUGUGGUUGCAGGGAGGGGCCCUGGAGAACCAGAACUGUGGGCCCUAACACUUUACUUCCUACCUGUGGUAUCAGGAGGCACCAUAGCUGACCAGUCAUCGGCUAUUUCUCCAUGCUGGGAGUGGAACCAUCUUGGGCAGUGAACUCCUGGGAGCCCUAGAAGGGGAGUGAGACUUGUCAGGGCAAUGAAGAGGUUCCCAGGAGACUCUUGGCUGGACCUAGGGGUGGGUGUGACUAAGUCACAGGUCUGGAAUGUGUGUAGGAAAAGUCAGAGGCAGUUCCAGAGAAGAGGGGAUUUUGAGGGUGUGUGAGACUUCUGGCAGCAGUUCUACACUGCUCCUGUGUUCUCUGGACUAAGGGACAAAGGGUAUGCAAAUCAUAGAGAAAACUCUGUGAAGCUGAUGACUAAAAGCCUGCUGGGUGGAGAAGGUUAGGCAAUGGCUUGUUUUUCUGUUUCUGGAAGAAGGGGAAACACCUGUGGUUUCAGGAGGCCACUGAGGGCCUGGAGGCAAGAAUGGACAUGAUGCCAGUUGGCUCUGGGACCUUGGACAUAGGACACAGCCUGAUUUUUCCCAUCCAUAAAGACUAACUCAUAGGGCUGUGGUGAGAUUAACAUGAGGCUAAGAUAUGAAAGCUCCUUGCAAAUCAUUACGUAUGAUAUAAAUUGCCAUCAGUAGCAGGAUGUGCCUGGAUGUGGUCUCAGGGUGGCCCCAGCAUCAGCUGGCCCUGGCUGCAAAUGGGAGCAUCAUACUGCUGUUUCCCAGCCCCUUUCCAUGGCAGAUGUCAUUAAUCAGCAUGGUGUCCUUCCCAUAAACCCAGGAUCUACCUUGGGAUCCUUCUCAAUGCUGCAUUCUAGGUAGCCAGUCUCUAGAACUUGGUGAGGUCAAACCUAAUGUCAUUCCUUUCUAGAACCUGGAAAUUGAAAAACAGUUCCUGUUCAGGGAAGACUAACCCACUUGGGGCAGUGUUGGGUAUAGCUCCUAUUGGGACAUCAUCUCUAGGUUGUCACUUUGGGCUAAGAUAAAUUUCAAGAUUCACAGAAGAGGGAAAAGGUGAUCCAGAAUGAUCUUUAAUAGAAAUCACAAAUUUUGGAACCAACCCAAGGAGAGUGUAUGUGAAAGCAGGCAGCAGUAUAGACUUAUUUCCAAGAACAUUUCUAUGUUAUUGUAACUAUAGAGCCAAAGCUAUUAGCUCUGGGUUUUGGAGGGCUUUUAAGAAACAGAUACAGUCUGUAACUCACCUUGUCUGGGCUUGUGAAAGCAUGAAGCCUGCAUAAUGCAAGAGCAACUCAGUCCCACAAUCCCCUUCCUGGCACCAAAUUCACUUAACAAGGUGCUCUUGAGUCCUUUCCCUUUCUCUUUCCUGCUCCGAUUUAUAAUACAAAUAGGAAGCUUAGGGGAACAGAUGAUAAAAUAGGAAAUGCAUUUGUGGAUUCCACAGGUACUCACUGAGACUCUACUGUGGGCUAGAACCCUAGCUCAGGGCUUCUCGGUGUGGCCGCUCGCUGCAGUCACCGGCAGCUUUCAGCCGUGAUGGACGCCAGGAUCCCACCCAGAGGUUCUGAUGUAAUUAGCCUGGGGUACGGCUUGGGCCUCAGGAACUCAGGAAGCUCCCCCACGUGCUGCUAAUGUGUGGCCAGGGUUAGGGACCUCUGCGCUAGACACGCAGUGCUAGACAAGAUAGGCUGGGGAUCAGAAACGGCCACAGGCUGUAAGCUAGGACACGCCGCGUCCAACCUUUGUACUAGCUUAGAUGUUUUGAACAGCCAGUUUUGGGGGUGAUUUGAAAUAGGACAGCCUGUCAGGUCCCAGAUGUAUGUUUAUUAAGUGCCAUUAAAAGGGACCUGAGCAAAAUUGGAUGUUCUUAUAGGCAUAAGGGAGAAAACUGAAAUACACUUGGAACCAAAUCUAUCUCAUGAGGGUGAAAUAAAAAUAUAUUCCGUAACACAUGGGUUAUGGUUUCCCAUAGACUGGGCGAUGAGAUUAAAAGCCACUGAAGGGUGAGAAAAUGCAUAUUGAGAAGAUGGAGAAUGGCUUGAAUUUUCUCCAGGGGACUCGGUAAUGUGCCUUUCCCCCUCCCAAAUGCCUAGAAUCGUUGCGCUGUGUCUUAUUUAUUUCACUGUCUGCCUGUCAUGCAUUAAACUUGCUAAGGUAUUUGCUUGUGAACUGAACAAGACUUGCAAGAGUUGAAGACUAAUUCACAAGGGUGCUCCUUGCUCCCUGCUCUGGAGUAAGACCUCUUUAACCUUUCGGACCCCAACAUGAGGACAAGACUACAAUAUCAAAGGAAAGAGGAACGAAUUCUUGGUACUAUGAUGGGCUCUGGCUUGGUGGAUAGCUGAUGUGAACUACUGAGAAUAAAGAACGUUGAAGAUGUGAA